UUUGACUGUCCAGCCAGGUUGCGACAUUUCGCACAUACAACCAACCUUUUAAACACCGGUUCGCCAACAAGAGUCCGGAUUUCACCAUCUAGAAUGAAGACCACCCUAGCGACCCUGACUCUGUGCCUGGUGCUGCUCAUGGCCACAGGCUUCCCAUUCGAGAGGAAAGGGGCCUCGGCGUCCGGCGCCGCCGCCAAGGAGAAGCGUGUGCAGUUUGCCGCCUGGGAUGACGUCAACGUCAUCGCCCACGGCCUCCUGCAGCUGGGCCAGGGCCUCAAGGAGCACGUGGACAAAACCAAAGUCCAGAUGAGGGACAUCUUCACCAAGCUCAAGGUCUACAACCACACCGUCGGCGAGCUGGCCAAGGAGAGCCAGAGGCUGCACGCCGAAGGGGACGCCCUGAAGGCGCGAGCCCGGGGAAUGGAGGACAGAGAGGGGCAACUCCUCAACGUCACGGCCGAGCUGCGGGAGAAGACGGAGGAGAUGCAGCAGGAGAGGAGGGCCGCCGGCGAGAGGACGAGGCGGCUGGAGGAGAAGCUGGACAACAUGAUGCAGGAGAAGAACUACAGCGACACGCACAACAUCCAAAUGAUGAUGGAGGCUCAAAACAGACGCAUCGAUGAUUUACUGGGACGCAUCGGACUCCAACAGGAGAAGCUCGACAAGCAGAACGUGCGCAUUAAAACCCUGCAAAGUCAGGUCCAGCAGUCAAGACAGAAAGCGUUCCCGAAGAACACAGAUGGCUUCCCUUCAAGUGCCGCGUCCGAGCAACGCGACUCGCCAGUCGCCACGGCGUCAGACUGCCACGAGCUCUUCCUGCGAGGCGAGACCGCCAGCGGGGUGUACGCCAUCCAGCCGCACGGCAGCCAGCCUUUCGAAGUCUUCUGCGAGAUGACAGCUGAUGGCGGAUGGACCGUGAUUCAAAGGCGCCAGGAUGGCUCUGUGGAUUUUGACCAGCUGUGGUACGCCUACGAGCAAGGCUUUGGCGCCCUGAAUGGAGAGUUCUGGUUGGGACUGGACAAGAUCCACUCCAUAGCCAAAAACGGCGGCUACAUCCUGAAAAUCCAGAUGUCCGACUGGAGGAACGAUUUGGCGUCCGUCCAACUCCCCUUCCGACUGGGCGGCGAGGAGUCCAAGUACGCUCUACACAUUCAGGAGACCGACACCUUCAGUCCUUUGGAACGCUCCUUGGGCUCCGACGCCGCUUCUGGCCUACCUUUCUCCACCCGAGACCAAGACAACGACCAGAAAAAGGACGCCAACUGCGCCGGGCAUCUCUCCGGUGGCUGGUGGUUCAGCAACUGCGGUCAGUCCAAUCUCAACGGCCGAUACUUCCAGAGCCCGCCGCCAAAACAGAGGCACCAGAGGAAACAAGGAAUCUUCUGGAAGACCUGGAGGGGCCGCUACUACCCGCUCAAGUCCAGCACCAUGAUGAUCGCCCCCGCAGUGAUAAAAAGCAGGUCUUAAAAAAAAAGAGACACACAGUAGACUGAGUCCAGACUAGACGGGGGAGGAAGAUGUCGCUUUAUUCGAAGAGGUUGUACCUCCGCCAAGGCCCUCAGAGUAGAAGCCGGACGAGGCGCACUCCGCAGAGAUGAGCGGGAAGGCUUUAGACGUCACUUCCUCCUUCCGGCAUGACAGAGCGCGCUCCGGCAUGUCCAUGGCGACCAAACCUGCAAGAAUGCGCCGACAAGCGUAAACUCGUCGGCAGUCGCACCAGCAGGCUCAACAUGUCGGAGCAAAUCCAGCUCCCUUUUUUUUUUGUAAGCAGGCCGAUUAUGCUUGUUUGGAUUUUUAAGGCCAGUUGUGUGGACUAAGGGGUCAGAGGUCACUUUGUGCAUGAGCAAUAGACAGGUUUCCGAUGACACCCGCCAUCUUGUGUGUCAAAACUAAGCGAAGCGUGUGCGAAUUCAGGACAAGGAACCACAAAGUACUACGACAAGGGUGUCAAAGUCAAGAAUGAAUGAUCUAUGGCCCCCGGGAUGAUAUUUGAUUAUUAUUAGAACCGGCCCGCAGGCCACAGCCGCCUGCUGCCGUUUUGCAGGCAGCAAUACUCCAUCAUUGUUGGCGCUAGGAAUUUUCCUAGGGACCCCAUCAAGUCAUAAAAAUGGGGUCCCACGGUAAAUUUUUGGGGCCCCACUUUUUUGUAGGCGUUUUCAAAACAAAUGAUAAAUGUAUCCUGUUAUAUCUUUUUGAUUGAUUGAAACUUUUAUUAGUAGAUUGCACAGUACAGUACAUAUUCCGUAAAAUUGACCACUAAAUGGUAACACCCGAAUAAGUUUUUCGACUUGUUUAAGUCGGGGUCCACGUUAAUCAAUUCAUCAAUUCCUUCAUCUCACAUUCUAUAUUGUGUUUUGGAAAAAGGUUUUCAUAAACGUCAAUUCAUUAAAAAAAAAUUAUACAAAAGAAAACACAUUUUUUUGCAUAUAUUCAGUUAUAAACAUUCAUUCACUUUCUUCUUUCCUUCAAGGAUCUAAACUUUAUUGCUGCCCGUAUUUUUUUCUAUUUUUUUUGUAAUAAUUUCAGAAUGUGUUUGUUCUAUUUUCUAUUUUAUCGUUCACGUCCUCUUUCGAAUUUCCCGAAGUUGACGUCAUUGUCGAAGCAAAAGUGCGGAAAAAUAUUUAGUACACCGCCGCAGGCGAAUAAACAAAGUCACGACACACAAGAUGGCGGCUCCCGCGAGGAUUACCCAUAAUCCCUUGCAAAUGGAAACCCAUGUAUACAAGUGGUUGUAUGUAUAGUCACUGUACACUGUUUGACGACGUUUACACUCUUAAGACGGAUGUCAGCUCAUAUCAUUCCAGCUUCGCUAUUUUGUUUUUAUGUGGAGCCUCAUUUUAAGUCAUAUUGACUUCUUUUUUUUGUACUUGUGUGCAUAGUGAAACGAGGAAUGUUGUCUUGUACGUGUCGUGUUGUUGUUCACUCGGCUUAUUUAAAAUAGCGUAAAGAAACAAGGUCGAACAUUAUCGUAUAUUUCCAGGCUGCUUGUAAUUUAUAAUGUACAUAUUGUGUUUGGUUGGAUGUUCUUCACAGAGACUAAUGGCCAAGAGGAGCCAAUAAAAUUGAUUUUAUAAAAAAAUCUGGCUU